CGUACGUGAAACUCGCGAGGUAGCACGCGGUCGUGCCGCAGCCGCGUCGAUAUUGUUCAUUUGUUUUGAUUAGCGCUCGCCGCCGGCCGCAGCGCGCGUUGGGCUCCGGUGAUGGAUGACUCGCGACAAUGCUCCUCCGGGGACGCGUGUGGGCGGUGUCUUGACAGCCAAAAUCUGCACUUUCCUUCGACUUUCUCUUCAAGGUGCGAAAGGUGUACAUUUGGGGGCUCACAAUGCUUUAUUCGGUAGCUGGCGCCGCAUAAGUGUACGCGUUCUAAUCGCAUCACCGAUAUCGCAAUUGAAUUCGUUUCGUGUCUUGAAGUGCAUCGCGCUUUGCUGAUAUUCAAAACACCUGCAUGCGACUUCCGAGGGCGUGCUUAUAAAUUAGUGCAGCGAGUGUUAGGCGGGAUUCGAGGAGCAGCUUUGAGUGUGCGAUGUGAGAAAUGGCGCCAAGAGCUGAGAUAGUGACUGUAGCUCUACUCUUCGUGCUACGAGCCGGUGCGCCUGCGCGUUUUCCCGAACAUGUUUUAUGUUUUUUCCAGGAUUACUUCCAUGGCUGGUGGACCGACGAGCGCGGCAAGCACGGGCCAGACAGUGACGUGCAGGUGGUGUACCUGCCAGCACUACUGCCCCGGGAGGCACAGCUGUCAGCAGACAGACCGUAUGAUGACAUCCCUUUGCCCUACAGCUUCGAUGCUUUUGGAAGGAGUUUCGAGCUGCAACUGGUGCCAAACCGGCGGCUGGUGUCGCCGCAGUUCCAGGUGUGGUCGGACCGAGGCCAGGAGGAGCCACUGUCGGCCGUGGACGCCUCCUGCCACUUCCAGCAUUCGGGCGCCGGCGCAGUGGCAGCCCUAUCUGCGUGCAGGGACCAUGCAUUGCAUGGCUUGAUCGUAGUAGACAACUCUACAUACGAAGUGCGCCCUCUGCCGGCGGGCGCUGGCCGCGCGGAAAACGGCGAUGGUCGAACGGCGCACGUGAUCCGACGAGCACCGCCGCCUGCGCCACCUUUCGACGACGCGAGACCUCUACGACCACGCGUUCGGCGGCCUCGAGCUCACUACCCACACUUCAAACCACCACCUUCGAGCUACACCAUCGAGAUUGCACUUUUCUUGGACGAAGCUGGAUACAAACUCUUCCAUCCGUUUCUAAAUUACAAUGAAGGUGAUUUGCGCGAUAUGCUGCUGGCGUACAUAAACGGGGUUCAGGCUCUAUAUCAGCACUCGUCUCUCGGUACCAGAAUCCAGUUGUCCCUGGUACGCCUGACCCUGCUACGUGCGCAACCGCCAUCGCUGCCGGCGCACGCCGAGCGGGGGCGUCUUCUGGACGCGUUCUGUGCUUACCAAAGGUCUUUGAACGUUGAAGAUGAUGAUGAUCCUGAGCAUUGGGAUAUGGCCCUGUUAUUGUCUGGGCUGGACUUCUUCUCCGAGGAGGGCGGGCGGCGCAACGGCGUGACGAUGGGCCUGGCGCCGGUGGGUGGCGUGUGCCUGCCGGCUCACGCGUGCGUGGUCUCCGAGUUCGGCACCACAGACGCGCUGGGGAGGCCCUACCCCUCCGCCGGCUUCACCUCCGUCUACAUCCUCGCGCACGAGAUUGGGCAUAACUUGGGCAUGCACCACGACGGCAGCGGCAAUUCCUGCGCCCGCGACGGCUACAUCAUGUCGCCCUCGCGCGGCACCAACGGCGAGGCCACCUGGUCCGUCUGCAGCGCGCAGGUCGUUUCGGACUUGCAAUGGGCAACAUGUCUUUUUGACGGAGCUGAUGACUUGGACACCCCCAACGAGCUCAAGCACGAGAAGUUCGGAGAAGCACCGGGAGCUAUUUGGAAUGCCAAAAAACAGUGCGAGAUCCUCCUUCGCGACUCGGACGCAGCGCCGUCACCGCUGGGCCCCGCCGGCGAGCAGUGUGCUCAGCUGGCUUGCCGCACGCCUCACCGCGCCGGGUUCUACUACGCCGGGCCUGCGCUGCCCGGGACGCCUUGCGGGAAUCAGAAGUGGUGUCAAGGUGGGGAGUGCGUCCCCGCCGGAGCCGGUCCUACGACCAGCCCAGCCCCUAGACCGGAGGAGGGAGCAGGGGAAGCGGGGGAGGGCGGCUGGGGCGCCUGGCGAGAGGCGGCCUGCCGCUCGGGCUGCACGGCGCGCGCGCGCGGCUUUCGCGAGAGGCGCCGAGUGUGUUCGUUAGCUGAGGGCUGCAGCGGGACGGGGUAUGAUGUUGUGCUCUGCGAUGAUUCCAAGGUGUGCGGCAAGAAGACGCGCGUGACCGCGGGCGAGUUAGCCAGCCGCAAGUGCGCGGAGUUCGCGGCGCGAGUACCGGCGCUGGACGCGCGCGCCGGCGGCCUGCAGGCGCCGCACGACCCUACGCGCAUGUGGAUGGGUUGCGCGGUGUUCUGCCGGCGCGCGGCGGGCGGAGGCUUCUACGCGCCACGAGUGGAGCUCAACGACGCUGGUCUCGACCCCUACUUUCCCGAUGGAACCUGGUGCCACCAUGAUGGCACGCAGGACUACUACUGUCUGCAACACCACUGCUUGCCGGAGAAUUUCAAAAUGACUGCUCAGUGGCAUAUCUGGGAGCUGCCGAGCGAAGAUAUCGGUGGAGCUUUUAACGCGCGGGCCUUCCAGACGCCUGAUGAGGAGACAGCGGCUAAGAUCAAAGCAUACCUUUCGCUAGACGAUGGGGGGGUGCCCCUCGUCCGGUCAGCCUUCCCCCCGCACCUCCCUGAAGAGCCCGAAGAUAACUGGGAGGUCAAAGACUACGUGGACAUACCACCAGCCCCCGAGAGUGACUCACAACCUCACAUGUAGAUAUCAAGGGUUUGUCUUCCACUCGAGUAAGCUCGGCCGAUAAGACAUGUUAUUGUCUUUUGUGUAUUUUGCUAUUAAAGUCUU